AUGAUGGACGAGAUAGACUUCCAGCUUUGCUUGAAUAUCGAUCAGGUCCUGUCUAGCUUCCACCGGAAGCAACAAGAGUCGAGCUAUCCCGUCCACAGCAAUGUCACCAAUAGCGAAACAACAACCAGCUCAGCGAGAACCCGAACACACGCCGAGAUAGAAGAUAUCUCCACUGACGAGAGUAUCCUUGAACAACAACCGCCAGCCAAAAAAGCAAAGAUCUCGCCCUCUGGCCGUGUACCAGACCUGCAGAUUUUACUCCCAAACAAUCACAGUUCAAUGGACUGGACUGAAUCCAGCCAGCACCCGGAUCAGUACUGGGGAUAUCACUCUCUCCGAAGCACCCCACAUAUGCCAUUCGAGACGGCGACUGUGCCUCCAGUACCUCCUGAGGCUAGAGCAGCGAGCGAAGAAAUCGAGAUCAACUACGGCAUGCUGUACACGGGAAGCAAAUCAGACAUCGAGAUGGAAACGGAGAGCGCGCCGGAGGGCUUCUACAGGCGCGGUCCUCUGCACCCAUAUGGCUCCUGGCUGUUUCGGAAUGGGGCUGUUCUCGAUGGAAGAUGGGGGAGCUUUCCGUCGAAGACGAAUGAUGACUUGCCUAGCUUUACCAUCUACGAGGAUCCGGAUAAUCUUGAGAUCAAUGGUAUUAUUCCUAGCGCAGAUUGGUUUACGUCCCCAGAGGAGGAUAAGGAGAAUAUUGAGGAUGGCUAUGAGGGGACUGCGUUUCUACGGGAAUUGGAUGCGAAUAUUGUCAUGGCGUAG